ACUUUAUUCCAGUAACAGACGGUACAUCUACUUAUAGCCUAAUUAACACAAUUAAAUUGCUAUAAAAUAUAACAAAAGAACACAAAUGCUUUAUGCAACGAUUCAGCCUCACACACUGUAAACGUACUGUAAACCACGUGGGCGUGUCCUAGAGUAUAUGGGCGUGCAAUUCAGUAUCAAGGCGUGUCUUAAAUAGGGACCAAGUCUGGACAAGACCCGCGCAGUAGUGGAGUAAAAACACUGAAAUACGAGGUGGGAGAGACAAUAUAUUUAAACAUUUCAAACAUCACUGAGAUAAUAUCUCAGUUUGAGUAUUUCCACAGAUGUCAGGUGCAUCGUUUCUUUUCAAGCGCGUGCGUUGUUGUGUCAGGUGAAAGUGGUCAUGGAGCAGGAAGGAGACUGGGACGGCAUCAGCGACUCUGAACUCCUGGAUAUUCAGUCAGAACAUUUCUGCAUCGAAGAAUCUCCUCAGACACCCAGCUCCAGUGCCACCAGUGGUGACACUCAGAAUGAUCGUUCCAUCACUUUCACACCAUCACUGUCCAACACUGUGGAGAAGUUAAAGCAGAGUCCUGCUAAAAGAAAUGAGGAGACGGGUGUGAAGAGGAAGAGAGAUGCUAAGGACGGCUGUAUCCCUCUGCGCUUCGGGAAGCUUCACCUGACUGUCAGCCUGCUGUCGGAGCAGACCUGGUGUGAGAAGAAAGUUGUGUAUGGCUUCCUGAGACCCCAAAUCAAGAAAAAAGAUAAACAGCGAAUUGAGGUGAAGACCGGUGCAAGCAUUCAUCUAGCAAGAGAGUUGGAGGUCCAUGAUGUCGUACAGAUUAAUAUUCAAAGCCAUGAGGAUGCUGUGGCCAUUAGUCUGAUCAGUGUGUUAAACAUGAUUCCGUGGUUAGAGACAGGGCAGUGUGUGCGUGAGCUUCCAGUAUUCGGUGUAGUAGAAGGAGUUUACAUUAAGGGCGUCAUUGAUGAGCUGAGUUAUAACCAGAAGGGGGAGCUGGUGUUGAAAGAGCUGAAGACUCGCAAGCAGGACUCUCUGCCUGGUGAUUCCCAGGCUUACGGCCAUCGCUUUCAGAGUCCCAGUUGAAGAGCAGCAGCCCCAUAACGUGAUGCUGUCAUCACCAUGCUUCACCAUGGGUAUGUUGUUCUCUCUAGUACCAUACUAUUGUGUAGUGUAGUAAAAACGAUAAAACUAUAAAGUAGGCACCUUCUAGGGUGGCACAUUUAUAAAAAUCUGAAAUCUUAAACUAUCCAACUUUUGAUCUCAAACCCAAAUGUCUUCAGUCUACAACAAAAACAAAUGAAUUGGCCUUGCUGUUCCAAUAGUUUCAGAAGGGGACUAUAAAUAUGACCACUUAUAGCAAAAUUAUAUGUUUGAACCAUUAUUUAAAAUAACAAAUCUGCUCUUCUCCAGCUUCUGCUGAUUCAAAAAGAUUUCAGAGGGCCUAAGAAGCAAAGUUGUUGAAGCUGGAAGGGGUUGCAAAAUGUUUUCUAAAGGCUUGGGACUUCAUUCCACAGUCAGGAGGAUAGUUUACAAACAGAAGAAACUGAGCACCACUGUGCUUUACUCCUACUUGGAGUGUACAUCCAACAAAGAUCAGAGCCAAGACACAUAAAAUCCUUAAGCAAUUGACAGAAACCUAGCAAAAGGAUCUACAGGUAUCUCUAACUACGUUUGUCAGUAUGCUUGGAACAUGUUAGACAGGGAGUUUACUACAGAAAAAGCACCGCACAUUAAAAAGAAAUACACUGCUGUCCAUUUCACGUGUGAUAUAGACCUUGAAGUUCCACAGCAAUUCUGAUUAAUUGGUGUACCUCUAAUGCCACUAUCUGUAUCUGUUUACUGCUCUGAAUAUUCAUAUUUUUAUUUUUAUUCGAAUUUAAACCCAAAGUAGGUGUGGUCUAAACAGGAAGUAUUUUUUUAACCAUUAUGUCCAGGGAAAUUUAUAAUUGAUAUGAACUAGAGAUGUGCAUGGACUUGCGCUUGAUAUUUAUGAAUUUAGUUGAUUCUAUUUCACAAAAUUCAAACAAGCUAGUAAUCUAAUUUAAAUCACCAUGACCCAGACCAGGCAGCUUCUAAAGUUGAAUGAAUGUACCUUGUAAUUGUGUUGAACAAUCCAGCAUGUUCAUGGUAAUUGAACAUGGUCUUGUUUGUCCUGCAAGAUGUAAGUAAAAACCUCCUACUUGUGUGGCUUUUUAGUUAUGUCACAUGGGAUCCCAGUCCAGAUGAAUAAUUUUAGUCUUCGUGACAUCGCAACUAUAUACAAAUAUAUAAAACAGCUUUGUAUAGUGCAUUGGUUCAAUAUACCUUCAAAAUGUGCAAUCUUCACCUGUCCAGUUUCAGUGAGCAUGCGUCCACAGUAGUCUCUGAUUGUGUUCCUGACAGACAGCAGUGGAACUCGAUGUGGUCUUCUGCUUUUCUUGGCUCAUCCACCUCAAUGCGUGAUGUGUUAUGUAUGCAGAGAUGCUUUGAUGCGCACCACAGUUAAAUAAUUGUCAUUUGUGUUC